AUGUCUCAGGAUGGCAACCUCUACUCCUUCGAGCUUCUGAGAGCGUACGAGCCACUGGUGCAGGCCGUGCGCGCUUCGGCCAAACGUGCAGAUCGAGCCAGCGGGCCUCGACCAGGCGAGAAUGCUCUGGCCUUCCUGGAUUUCCUGUCCUAUCCAGCAGAUGGUGCCCCGAGUAGCACAGACAUCUUCAGGUACCUGGCUCCCCUGGAGGACAUGAUAGACCUUAGUGAUGGUGGUGGGACCCGACAGGCGAGAAGAAUGAAGAUUCCGCGACAAAAGAGACCAGAGCAUGUCUUCACACCUUGCUGGCCGCAGUUUCCGGAGCUGUGCACAGAGACUGACGUGGCAGUGCUGGAAAAUGCAUCUGAGUGGAGCUCCGGGCAGAUCCAGGCCGAGGUCGAGCGUUUGGCCGAAGACCUGGACCCUUGGAAGACUAGCGUAGCAGCUUUCAAUGCGGAGCGCCUUGAUCGGAUUGCUGUUCUGAAGCGUCGGCUUCUCCAUGAAGUCAAGACAGCCGAAGGAGCAAAAUCGCGUCUCCUGCAGCCGCAGUGCCAUUAUCAGGUUGGCGUUGGCUUUGCAGUGCAUUGCAGUGCCACUCCCAGGCCCUUAGUGCUGAGGGCUGCCAAGAAGUGUGGAGUUGCCAUGAUGGUGAGCGUCAGCUGCUUGCCACAUUGUUGCCGAAUGAAGGUUCCAUGUGGGCAGCUGCCCUGA